GGUGAGACACCUGCUGCAGCGAACGACAGCUCACUACAGACGGCAAAAGACCACUUUCGUAUCACAGUUUAUUACACAUGUAUUGACAAAGUCGUCAGUGAACUUCAAUCAAGGUUUGAGGGCAAUGACCAAGAGGUUUUGUGGGCACUGGGCGAAAUCGUAUUCAGCCGUUCUCCAAACAUCAGCAACAUCCAAACUGUAUCAAAUUUCUAUGGCGUGGAUAGUGAAAUGCUAUCAAGUGAGAAGUCAAUCUUUGAAAACUACGACUGCGGGAACCCAUGCCAGAGAAAAAACGCAGCCGUGAUGGUAAAGACCAUGCAUCAAAAGGGUCUCCAUGACAUUUUACCUGUUCUGUAUAAAGUUACCUCCAUCCUGGCCACAAUUUCUGCAACCUCGUGCUCUGCUGAAAGGUCUUUCAGCGCCCUUCGCCGCAUCGAGACAUUUUUAAGAUCCACAAAAGGACAAGACCGACUUAACAGUAUCACCGUUAUUAACAUUGAAAGAAAGUAUGCAAACAAGACAAUGCAGAAUGACAUGCAAAGGAUUAUUGACAUAUUUGGGUGUCGACGUAAUCGUUCUUCAUAA